GGCGGGGGAUUGCGAACAGACCGAGCGACUGGAGGUCUGCUGCGGACUCCGCGGGAGCAGCAGACACUGACGCGGCCGGCUGAAGUUCCCCUCCUCGACCUCCGCCCCGGUCGUCACGGAACAAACUGCGAGACAGACACCGCUGGAGGGGUUAUAUUCGGAAACAGUCCAGCAGUUCCCCCGGUCAGACAUGAGGAGCCCUCCAGGCCUGGGUCGCUGAGCAGUUGAGGUCAGAGUUCAAGCGCUCGUUCCCGUCAUCAUGGCUGACAGAGAGGGGCUGCCUAUCCCCCCAGGCCAGGUCUACAUCGAGGUGGAGUAUGACUACGAGUACAAGGCCAAAGACAAGAUGGUGGCAAUCCGUCAGGGGGAGUGCUACAUGCUGGUGAAGAAGACUAAUGAGGACUGGUGGCAGGUGAGGAGGGAGGAGGGAACAAAGGCCUUUUACGUGCCGGCGCAGUACGUCAGGGAGGUGCGCCGGGCGCUCAUGCCCCCCCAGAAGCCCACCUUGAGGGCCAAGCCCACCGUUUUGGAUAUUUGCCGGGCAUCCAAUGAAAACCUCAACAGACCCCAGCCCGAAAUGUCCAGCUUUGGGCGCCCGUCACCUUCCUCCACCCCGUCGCCAUCCUCUGAUCGUGUCACGCCGCCAGUUCUACCCAAGGAUCCGAACCAGAACUUGGGGAGUCCCCAUCACUGCAAGGUGGUGGCUGAGCUAGUACUCCUUCACAACAACAACAACCAUCACCACGCCAACAACGCCACGUUGCCACGGACACGGGCGGACUCGCCUCCGCUCAAAGUGGGGAACAAUCACAACAGAAGUCCGAACAGCGACAAGACCUCCCCGCCGAGCGAGCCGCCGGGAGAGGGGCUGAGCAAGUUUCGCAACGAUUCUGAGUCCGGGGACGAGCUGAGCAGCAGCUCAACCGAACACAUGCAGACAACAUCACCCACAGGCCAGGGCCGGUCCGACUCCCCGGUCUACACCAACCUCCAGGAGCUGAAGAUCUCCCAGUCCAGCCUGCCGCCCAUCCCCUCCAGCUCGCCGCUCCACAUCCUGGGCGACUGGGAGACCCACAAAGACCUGAGCGGCAGGCAUUUCUACUACAACCGGGCCACCGGGGAGCGGACCUGGAAGCCCCCACGCACCCGGGACACCAGCGGCAGCACUAGCGGCAUCCGGGGAGACAGCCAGGGCACAGUGGACAGUGAGCUGCUGUCCUCGGAGGAAAACUGCCACAGCACCCACUCCAGCCAGUCCGACAGCCAGUACGGGUCGCCCCCUAGAGGCUGGUCCGAGGAGCUGGACGAACACGGACACACGCUCUACGUGUCUGAAUACACACAGGAGAAGUGGAUAAAGCACCUGGAUGAGCAAGGCCGGCCUUACUACUACAGUGCUGACGGAUCCAGGUCAGAGUGGGAACUGCCCAAGUACAACGUCUCCCCUCAGUCCGGCGAAGUUCCCAAGAGUCGCAGUCUGGAGAGGAAGCAGCAGGAGCCCAUCGUCCUCACCAAGUGGAGACACAGCACCUACGUGCUGGACCUCAACGACAAGGAGUGUGCUCCGGUGCCCAAGCUGAGCUCUCCAGACUCUGACUCCUGCCCCUCAUCUCCUAAACACCCCUCGACCCCGUCAGAGAAGUGUGGAGUCCUCAACGUCACCAAGAUCACAGAAAAUGGGAAGAAAGUCAGGAAGAACUGGACCUCGUCCUGGACGGUGCUGCAGGGUUACUCUCUGCUCUUUGCGAAGGGUCAGGGCGGCAGCACGAGCUGGAAGUUCGGCGGCAACCAAUCGAAGCCCGAGUUCACCGUCGAUCUGAGAGGCGGGAGCGUGGAUUGGGCCUCCAAGGACAAGUCCAGCAAGAAACACGUCAUCGAGCUGAAGACCCGUCAGGGGACGGAGCUGCUCAUCCAGUCGGAGAUUGACAGCGUGAUCAACGACUGGUUCCGGGCCCUCACAGAGACCAUCAACACACACGCCUGGGAGUCGGACGAGGCCAUUGAGGAGGACAUGCCUGAGUCUCCUGGAUCUGAGAAACAGGACAAGGAGAAAGACCAGCGGGACUCUAAGAAGAACCGAGUGAUGAAGACCUCCGUUAGCAUGGAUGCAUCGGACCAGAAGAAAACCAGGAUGAAACUCAAGAAGUUCCUCACACGUCGACCCACAUAUCAGGCCGUCCGAGACAAAGGAUACAUCAAAGAUCAGGUGUUUGGCUGCAGUCUGACCAGCCUGUGCCAGCGGGAGAACACGUCGGUGCCCAACUUCGUCAAAAUGUGCAUCGACCACGUGGAGAACACGGGUCUUAGUAUCGACGGCCUGUACAGAGUGAGCGGGAACCUGGCGGUGAUACAGAAGCUCCGCUUUGCUGUGAAUCACGAUGAGAAGGUGGAUCUGAACGACAGUAAGUGGGAAGACAUCCACGUCACCACCGGAGCUCUAAAGAUGUUCUUCAGGGAGCUUCCCGAGCCUCUCUUCACGUACGGAUCCUUCGACGACUUCGUCGACGCCAUCAAAUGCUCCGACUACAAGCAGCGAUUGAACUCAAUCAAAGACUUGAUCAGGAAGUUGCCAAAACCCAACCACGACACAAUGCAGAACCUCUUCAAGCACCUGCGGAGGGUGAUCGACCACGGAGAGGCCAACCGCAUGACCACCCAGAGCGUGGCCAUCGUGUUCGGACCCACGCUGCUCCGGCCCGAGACGGAGACGGGCAACAUCGCGGUCCACAUGGUCUACCAGAACCAGAUCGUGGAGCUAAUACUGCUCGAGUACGAGAGCAUCUUCGGCAGGUAGAGGCGCUCGCUCGGAAGAGGACGCCGGGCUUUUCAAAAACGCAGAGACUUCUUAACUCCUUCAUCCCCCCCCCCUCCUUUUACGUUGGGCUAAACUGAACAACGUUGUGGACCAAGCAGUCGGGACAAAAAUGAAAAUCACACUUACAUUCACAUGACGGGACCGUUUACGAAAGAAGGUGUUGCACUUACCGAAGUUUGGGAGAUGAAUUUAGAAAAAGGGUGUACAGAUUUCACCCGCUGUCUUGCAGUUGUCUGUGGGAGCGGCGGUGUGGACGAUGGACAGUGUUUCACAGUGGUGCCGUGAUGACGAGUGGACGACGUCUGUGUGAUUUGAGUAUUCAGGUGUCUUCGCGUCCACUGGAUCCGCGUGGCCAGUAAUUCCCGCUUCAGAGCGGGGCCAGUGGCGCGCCUCGGCAUCUCGGUGGAACUCGACCUGACUCGGGUGGACCGUGGCUGCUACGUGCUCACCCCUCGGAGGAACGAGCGGGAUACGUUCUGUGCGUCUUGGAGCUUUUUUGUCAGUUACGUGUGAAAAAAAAAAAAAAAAAAACCCUCUGUGGUUGUGGAUCAGGUGAGGGGGGGGGAAAAAUUGUCAGUGUUAUGUAAAAACAGCCUGUCCUUUGGCACUGGAGUUGCAGAUUGUCCCCAUAACCCCCACUCACUUUAACCCCUGUCUCACCUCUACUCCCCCCUUUCAGCCAGUGUUAACCAUUGACCCUGUGACACGAGCGUCCCGUGACUUGAAUGACGGACGACAGAGCGUCUGUUUGUUUGUGUGUGUGUGUGUGUGUGUGUGUGUGAGUGAGUGAGUGAAUUAACCUAAAUGGAAUAAAAACCUGAGCAGAAGCAUCCUUCGUCUUGCCACUUUGUACAAACUGUCUGUUGUGUAGUGUUAACGUGCUUUGGUAAAGUUUCCGUUAAACUGCCGUGGGGUCGUCGUCUGUGCUCUGUUAGGAACUUCAGUGUUAAAGUGUCUCGCGGUGGCAGGAAACGUAACGGAAACCACGGUGUUACUGGAAAACAACCACAGCGUGGAUCUUACUGCGAACUGCUGCGUUACCAUUUCACGUUAAUUGUGUCUGACCUGUGAUGACCCCCCUCUCCCUCCCUUUCCUCGCCGUUGCUAAUAUUAAAGAGUAUUCAGAUGAGGGAAACGGUAAGGAGGACAAGUGGACGGUUGACGUUCGGGAGUGUGUGCGUGUUGGAAUGAGGAGAAGAGCCUUUAAAAAAAAACUUUCAGAGCAAAUGUACAGUAACCGAAACUAGUCGUUUAAAAUGCGUAAUAGUGACUGAGGUGUGUUCAUGCCUUGGUGGUGAACCAGUGAAAGAUGAUUUUUGUUUUGAUUUUGUACAUUGGAAUUGAAAACAUGAGAAAACAUAAGCUUGUGUGAAGAAAACAUAAAACUUAUGAGGAUGGACUAUUACUUUUGUUUGAAAGUGUAUCUGGAGUGUUUGCGCAUGUUCAGCUGCACAUUUUGAAUGUAAUUUUCAGGCUAACUGCUGUUUGUGAAAUUGCUAUGUCUAAUAAAAAAAGAAAAUAAAUUA